AUGUUUGAGAAUAUCGUAUCUGAAGUACUUACUCGAUAUUUUGGUAAAUAUAUAAGUGGGCUUAAUGCAGAGAAUCUUCGUGUUUCACUUUGGAAUGGUGAUGUUACGUUAGAAAAUCUUAUAAUUAAUGAAAAUGCAUUUGAUGGGCUUUUAGUUGGAGUUCCAUUAAAAGCUGUGUCUGGAAGAAUUGGUAAAAUGUCUUUAAGUUUUCCAUGGAAUAAAUUAGAUUCACAACCUGUUGUAGUUAAGAUUAAUGAUAUUGAGUUAGUUUGUACCACUGACUAUAAUGUAGAUCCUUCUAUUAUUUCUAAGCAAUUAAAAAUUGAAGAGCAAGAAUCUAAACAAAGGCAAUUAAGAAAUUAUGAAAUUACUUCUGAUAAAACAACAUUAACACAACGAAUAAUAACAAAAGUCAUCAAUAAUAUGCAAAUUGAUAUUACAAAUAUUCAUAUUAGAUAUGAAGGAAUUAAUGGGUGGAUUAAUACAAAAUAUGCUAUCGGUUCAGUUAUUGAUUCAAUUAAAUUAUAUUCUACUGAUAGUCAGUGGAGUCCUGCUUUUGUAGUAGAAAAUCAAGGAGAUCAUUUUAAGAUUGCUGAGAUUAUUAAAAUGAGAAUUUAUCAUUCACAAACAAAAGAAGAUAAAUGGGAUACAAACGUCAAAAAAGAGUAUAUCGUAGAAGACCUUACAACAAAAAUGAGGUUGACGUUAUCAGACAAAGAUGAUUCAUAUCCUAUUACUAGUCAAAUUAUUUUAGAAAUGUUAAAGGUUGGAGUGUCACAAGGAGUAAUGAUUGAUGUGAAAAGUUUAAUGCAACAACAAAAAUUAUUUGAAGGAAAAUGUUUUCAAGCUGGAAGAGAUGUCAAAAGGCCAGAAGAAGGAGUUGAACAAGUACCAAAAAGAUGGUGGAAAUUUGCAUUCGAUAGUUUAUUAAUUGAAGUUAAGAAAAAAAAUUAUAAAGAAAGUAAUGAAUAUAAAAGAAAAAGAAGAGCACUACGCCAGGAAUAUACAGAUAUAUAUACUAGAGUACUUAGUGAAACUACAGAUAAUGGAGAUAAAGAACGAUUUAAUGAAUUAGAAGAAGAGCUUAGUGUAAAAGAGAUAAUUUAUUUAAGAAACUUUGCAAAAUCAGAAGUUGAUGAAGCAAAAAGAAAUAGUAGUGGAAUAUGGAGUUGGAUGGGAUAUUCUAAUGUUAUAAAUUCACAAUUAACUGAAGAUAUUCAUUCAUUUCUAGGAGAUGAUAAUAAAGAAGAAAAGGUAACAGAUACAAAAAAAUUAAAACAAGUUGAUUUUUCAUUUGAAGCGAAACAAUUUGUUAUUGAUUUAUUUGGUAGUGAUCUAAAUGAGGCAUUUGUAGAAAUAGAAAUUAGUGCAUUAAAUUGUUCUGUUUUUAAGAAAACUAUUGGAUUUACUGCUAAUAUUGAUCUUAAUGAUGCUAAAGUUAAGAGUAAUAAAGAUAAUAAAUACCCAUAUAUAUUUUCAUCUAUAAACAAUGAAAAAAAUUUAUUGCAUAUUAAAUUAACAAGUGAAAAAGAAGAAGAAAAAGUUGAUAGUGAUUUUUCAUUAGAUGUUCAUUUAGAACCUACGAACAUUGUUUAUAAUAAAAAUAUGGCUGAAGAAUUAAUGAAUGUAGUUAGAUCAUUAGAUGUUGUUGAGUCAUAUGGUCAAAUUGGUGUUAAAUUACCUUCUAUGAAUUUAAAAAGUAUAUUAGAUGAACACAUUCGUGUUGUUAUAUCAGCAAUGAUUCAUACACCUUAUAUUAUUAUUCAUUCUGAUAAUAACGAACUUCAUAUUGAUUUAGGAGUUGUUAAAAUGUUAACAAAUGAAAGAAACGGAAUAUAUGAUUCUUAUAAAUUAACAAUCAAUGACAUUAAUUGUAAAAUGAUUACUGAUUCUAAAUCAGAAAUUCUUCUUGAGAAAACUCAAAUGUCUUUUGAUAUACAAAAAGCUUUAUUAUCAUGGAAAGAAAUGAAAGAAAAAUUAAAUGAAUUAAGUCCUGGAGUUAUUGUUGAUUGUUUACUUGAUACAACGAAACUUCAUAUCUCUUCUGAACAAAUAAGGGCUAUUCGAUUAAUGUUUAAAAAUCAAAAACCAAAACCAAAAACAGAGCAUGAAGCUAUUAGAGAUUUAUUACAACAAGAGGAUGAUUUAACUGAUAUAGGAGAUGAUACUAUUAUACAAAUCCCUGAAGAUUUUAUUAAAUUAAAAUUAACUGUUUCAAUUCCUGAAGCUACAGCAUUUAUUUCUUUAACAGAGAAUGAACCAAUUUUUAAUGUUUCUGCAAAACAAUUAACAAUGACCUCUAUUGUAAAAGAUAAAAAAUCAAUUGCUGAUAUAAGUUUUGGUGAUGUUAUUGUUGUUGACAAUGAUAAUAUGACAUUUUUCAGUAAAAAACACACAAAUGAAUCACUUGUUAGUCUUCAUAUGACAAAUGAAAAUGAUAAACCAAUUACAAUUACAUUAUUUGCUACUCAAUCAAUGAUUUAUUUUGAUCUUCCUCAUCUUGAUCAUAUUCUUCAUUUCUUAUAUAGUGAUCAUGAACAAAAAACUAUUGUUAAUGUCCCUCAAAAGAAAACUCAAAGUAAAGUAGUACAAGUUUCUUUUGUUUUUACUUCAAUUGAAUUAGUAGUUAGGAACCGUGGAAGUUUGUUAGCAUCAGGAAGUGCUGUUGGGGGAUCAUUUGAUAUAUUAAUAGACGGUAAUAAUCCUGAGAUCGACAUAACUGUUAAAGGGUCAUUAAAAAGAGUUUUUGCUAAAGACGAAACCAUGUCAGGUAAAAUUCAUUCAAUAGUUGUUCAAACAGUGGAUACUCCAAUUGAUAUUUUAUAUACUCAUGCCAUUACUCAAAAAGCAAUUCAACAAGAUUAUAGACACUACUUAUCUAUUAAAACUGAUCAAAUGACAUGUACGUAUCUAAAUAUUUUUAUUCAACAAUUAUAUAGUUGGCUUCAAGACCUUCUUCAUAUUUGUCGUGUAAGGGUAUGUCCUUCAAAUGAACCAUCUCAUUCAUAUGACCGACUGAAAUUAGAUGCAGAUAUUACAAAUGUUUCAUUAUGUAUUCCAGUUGCUUCAUAUAUUGAAGAUGGUAUCAAAUUAAUAACAAAACAAUUACAAGUAAGAAGCACAUGGAUUCAAAAUCAACAAUCAACUAAAAGUCUUACUUUAUAUGAUAUUUAUUUCGAUGAAAAUGUUUCAGCAAAAGAAAUUACUUUUAAUUUUACUUUUCCAGAUGAAAUGAAUGUUUCUGUUGAUUUUCCUGCAUGGGACAUUUCAUUAUCAAUCCCCUCUGGAUACAUCAAUUUAACUAAAGAAAGAUAUAGAGAGAUUGUCGGAUUAAUCAUGAUUAAUUUAGGAGAAUUAAGUAAACAUCAAGACCUAAUCAAAUAUCAUCCCGUAGUAUCUCCAAAUCAACAAGAACUAUCAGAUAUUCGAAAUCGUAUUUUUACAGCUGAUAUUGGUAGUGUAGAAGUUAUUGUUAAUGGAGAAGAAGAAAUUGGAAUUAUGAAAUUUGAUGAAUUAAAAUAUAAAUAUUUAAGUUUACCUCAUGGCUGUUCAUUACAUACUGUAGAAAUUAAAAGUGGUAGUUUUAUUGAUCAUUUAAAUAAAGAUGAAUUACUUUUCUGGGUUGAAGGACAAAAAAAGAUUGAUAAUUUUAUGAAUUUUGCAUUUGAAACUGCAGAAAAAGAAAAAACAUUAACACUUUCAUUUGGACAUUCUUCUCAUAUUCGACUAACUCAAGAAACGUUAUUAAAAUUAGUUAAAUUCUUUUCUGUUGAAAGUAAAUAUCUUAUUACUGAAAGUGGUUUUGCUGAAGUUGUUGAAACUACUCAAACACAACCAGAACGAACAUUUAUAUUUAAAUUUUUAAUGAAUGAAAUUAAUUUCCAUUUAAAUGAUAAACAAGGAGAUUUUAUGUUAAUUUCAUUAUUAAAGAGUAGUAUUGAAAUGAAACGAUUUAAAGAAGACACUAAUGUAUUUUUAAAGAUUGGUACAUUAAAGGCUGUUUCAGAUGAUAAAGUAAUUAUUUCUAUUUCUGAUGAAAAAGAAAUGGGAACGUUUGAAUACAUCUAUGAAAAAAGAAAUGAGUUAUCAAUGUUUAAGGGUAGUCUAUCUCAAAUUCAUAUCGUUUUUUAUGACAAAGUUAUUAUUAGAGGUGCACAAUAUUAUGAACAACUUGUGAAAAUUCUUUCUGCUUUAAAAGGUAAAACAGUUCAAUUUAUUGAACAAACUGCAACUGUAUCUCGUAAAAUAAGAUUAAAUUUUGUUAUUGAAGCUCCAAAAAUUGAUAUUGGAGAAGUAACAGCACAAUUAGGUAUUGUGACUAUUACUGAUAAACCAGGAACAUUAAAUAAAUUAGAAAUAAUUGGUAAUUUAAGUAAUACUAAAGUAAAUAUAGAUAAAGAUGAGGUUGUAAAAUGUGAAGGUGUAACAAUGGAAGUUGAAGUAAUCGAUGCAGAUGAUGGAUAUACUGAUGUAGGGAUUGAUGCAGAUUGUAAAGUUAUUGAUAUUUGUACAACACCCCAAAAUUUAACUUCAUUAUUAAAAAUUGCUGAUAUGAUAAUAAAAACAUCUCAACAAAUUCAAUUGCCAAAAUAA